CCGGUCUGUCAUGGCGGCGCCCUGAGAAGCGGCUGACGUCCGGCGGUCUCUUCCCGGCUCUCGCCGCACGUUUUUUCUUGUCUUCGGUGACCCCGGCGGACCCCGGCCCGCAACCAUGUGGAGGCUGGUGGCGCGCGCCGGCACUCCGGUCCUGAGCGUGCUCCCUUCAGGUCCUGGGGCUGCCCAACCCCUCAGUGUUGGCAUGAAGACUUUCCUCCCAGUACCAACCUAUGAAGGCGUUUCUAUUCCCGAUAAGCCCAAACUCAAGUUUGUCGAUCGGAUGCCACUUGUGCCAAAGGUGAGGCGGGAGCCUAAGAACUUGAGUGACAUCCGAGGGCCGUCCACUGAAGCCACCGACUUCACCGAGGGUAAUUUUGGUAUCCUGGCACUAGGUGGCGGUUAUCUCCGCUGGGGCCAUUUUGAAAUGAUGCGCUUGACAAUCAACCGUGCCUUAGACACCAAGAACAUGUUUGCCAUCUGGCGUGUCCCUGGCCCUUACAAGCCCAUCACCCGCAAGGGCAUGGGCCAGCGUAUGGGGGGUGGUAAAGGUGCCAUUGACCACUACGUGACAGCAGUCAAGGCCGGUCGCCUUAUUGUGGAGGUGGGUGGCCGCUGUGAGUUUGGCGAGGUAGAACCCUUCCUCAAGCAGGUGGCACACAAGCUGCCCUUCCCAGCCAAGGCCGUGAGCCGAGAGUCUCUGGAAAAGAUGCGCAAGGAGCAGAGGGAGAGAGAGCUCAACAACCAGAACCCCUGGACCUUUGAGCGCAUUGUCACUGCCAACAUGCUGGGACUAAGGAAGGUGGUGAGCCCCUAUGACCUGACCCAGAAGGGGCGCUACUGGGGCAAGUUCUUCCUGCCUGAGCGUGUCUAGUGACAGCGAGGGGAAGAGAGCAAGUUUUGAGAGAAGCGGCCCCACCUCUUGCCUGCAGCUUCUCCCUAGAAACUUCUCAGCACCCCCAGAUGACUGAGGAUCUCUGCAAAGCACUGGGAUGAGAAGAACCAUAGUGUGCAUCACGGAGCGUUAAAUAGUUGGUUCUGCAGAAGUCUUGGCCCCUUUAAAGGACUCUAGAAACACCUAAAUGACUUCUUUUUGUCCUUGCCUCAGAGCCAGGGAGACCUGGAUUUAGUUCUUCCCCCUAAUACACACUAACUUUGUGACUCCAGGCAAGACAUUAAACUGCUGCAUGCUCUUGGCAGCUAGAAGACAUGCUGACCUGCACUGGUAAUGGGAGUUUCUUCACCAAAAAGGAAUCCUUAUCCCAGGAGUCUUUAGAUCUGUUUUUGUAAGUCUUGGACCAUUUUGGAAUUCACAGGCCCCAGGUCAAGAACCUCUGCCCUGUUUUCCUUAUCCUGUGAGAUCAUCGGUGUGGGGGGGACUUCCAGUGUGGAAAUUCCCUUCCACUGAUGCAGCUUAAUAAAUUUUCUGUAAUUUAUAGUCAUAAAAA